CGGCAUCUAAACCUCAACCACCGACCGUGUCUCUCACCAUGGCAGGCCAGUGCUCAACCCAGAAUGACAGCAACAUGCGGAGGCAUGGCACGGGUUAUCUUCCCAUUGAGAACUAUGGGUUGAUUGGCAACAUGAGAACCUGUGCCCUGGUUGGCAUGGACGGCAGUGUUGACUUCAUGUGUUGGUAAGUGUGCCGUGCCUUACAAUCCGACCAUACUUGUCAGUGUGUCAUAUGGUAGGAUCAACAAGCGGAAGGAAGUGAAACAAGAAGAGAAAGGAGAUGAAAAGAGAGCUGUGAACGGGAUGAAGAGGGAAAGGGAAGAAGGGAAAGGAGAGACUUUACUCCCAUUCUAUCCGUUCCUUCCUCCCUUUUCUUUCCUUUUAAUCUCUCCAGCCAAGUCACACGCUAGGAACAUGACCAGCUUCAUGCUGCACACCCAACAUCGAUCAUUACCAACACUCUGCAGGCCCGAAUUCGACUCGCCCUCUGUCUUCUGCCGGCUCCUAGACAAGGAUAAAGGGGGCUACUUCAGCAUCCACCCGUCAUCGGAUAUCAGGUGUACGACCAAGCAGCAGUAUCUCCCUUCGUCUAACAUCCUGCAAACCCGCUACAUCCACGAAGAUGGAGUGGUCGACCUCGUCGACUUCUUCCCGCGCCCCAAGAAUGCUUCGGUCAUCUCCAAGGGACCAAAGCAGAGCGCCUACCGCGAGAUGACCAGCAUCCAGGAGGAACUCAAGCAGUGGCUGGUUCGUCGUGUUGAGUGCAUUCGUGGCCGUCUCCAGCUGGACGUUGAGAUCUUCCCUGCCUUUGAGUAUGCCAUGGAGCCGCACACCACCACGAUUCUCCAGGAGGAGACCAUGCCACACAGCCCUACGAGCAAAACAGCCACCUUUCACAGCAAGAACACCAAGCUCCAGCUCGAUGUUAGCCUUGAUAGCGGCGAACAUAGCGACGACCACUGGCCCAUUGUCCGCUUCAAGAAGAUUCGGAAGCCCGGCAUGCUCGGCGAGGGCGUCGUAGCGAGCAUCGACGUUCGCGAGGGCCAGGCCGUCUCGUUCGUCAUCCGCAACGACAUUGACAACCACGUUACCGAGAACAUCACCAGUGUCAUACUCGACACCCAGCAACACGACACCCAGACAUACUGGUACAACUGGAUCUCCAAGAGCAAGUAUAAGGGCCGCUGGCGCGAGGUCGUGUCGAGGAGCCUCAUGAUCUUGAAGCUCAUGACGUACGAGCCGACGGGCGCCAUCAUCGCCGCCCCGACAUUCUCCAUCCCCGAAGACAUCGGCGGGGUCCGCAACUGGGACUACCGCUUCUCGUGGGUGCGCGACUCGAGUUUCACAAUCUACAUCCUGCUCCGCCUGGGCUUCACUGAGGAGGCCGACGCCUACAUGGAGUUCAUCAGCGAGCGCUUCGUCAAGUCGCGCGUGCCCGACGGCGGCCUGCCCAUCAUGUUCACCAUCCGCGGCGAGACCGACAUACCCGAGCGCGAGCUGACGCACCUGGACGGCUACCGCGGCAGCAGGCCCGUGCGUAUCGGCAACGGCGCCGCCUUCCAUCAGCAGUUUGACAUCUACGGCGAGCUCAUGGACGGCAUCUACCUGUACAACAAGUACGGCAAGCCCAUCCACUGGGACCUGUGGUGCCGGGUGCGCGAGAUGCUCGACUACGUCCUGACAAUCAUGGACCAGCCCGACAUGUCCAUCUGGGAGGUGCGCAACAACAAGCAGAACUUCACCUACUCCAAGAUCAUGCUGUGGGUCGCCUUUGACCGGGGCCUGCGCCUGGCCGACAAGCGCAACUUUCCCUGCCCCAACCGGGCCAAGUGGCUUGCCGCGAGGGACGGCCUGUACGAGGAGAUCAUGGAGAAGGCCUACAACAAGGACAUGAAGUGCUUCGUGCAGAGCUACGAGAGCCGUACCAUUCUCGACUCGUCCAUCUUGAUUGCCCCGCUCGUCUUCUUCAUCUCGCCCAACGACCCGAGGUUCCUCAACACCAUGGACCGCAUCAUGCUGCCUCCAGAGAAGGGCGGCUUGACCAGUACGGGAUUGGUGUACCGAUACGACACGGAGGUGACAGAAGAUGGUGUCGGCGGGCGCGAGGGCGCCUUCAGCAUGUGUACCUUCUGGCUGGUCGAAGCCAUGACGCGGGCGUCCGUCUACGAGCCCAAGUACCUGGUGCGCGCCAUCAACCUGUUCGAGAACAUGCUCAGCUUCUCGAACCACCUGAUGAUGUUCUCCGAAGAGAUCUCGCGCAGCGGCGAGCAGCUCGGCAACACGCCCCAGGCCUUCAGCCAUCUGGCCCUGAUCAGCGCUGCGUUCAACCUAGACCGGGUGUCUUCUGAGCCAAGGAGGUAGAGGCGACCGGUCAGGAAUGGGGUCUCGUGUGUCGCCAGCACUGCCGGAGCGGGCAGUCGAAAUAUGAAUGGUAUAACCUAUAAAUCCUGCUGUACUCGUGUCUGAGGAACUUACCCAAACCGGGCCAGGUGUGCGCUC